GCUAAUCCGCACAGCAGUCAGAUGGUCACGGGAUUUUCGGCAAAAGGUGCAGCGUGCGCAAGCAGCCUUUGACAAGGCGCAGAAGGCUCAGGUCAAGCUUUCGGCGGACAUGGAGAAUAAUAUGGGAGUGCUCCAGGAUGCGGCCAAUGCACUGGCCGAGGCGGAGCAGGAGACGGCCACCCUCUUCAAGGCCAUGCUGCCCAAUGAGGCGGCCGAGCCUGGGGUUGCGCUUGUUGGGGCUCCCACCAUCGACUUGGGCGCGAUGCUCACGUCCGCGGGCCUUGCCGAGUCCAUGUGUUCGUUCAAUUUGGGAGCCGACUUCGACGACUCAGACGGAGCCAUGACCCAGGCAGAUAUCGAGGAAGUGGAUCGACGUGAGGUUGCUGUCAAGAAGGCGCUGUACGUCGCCAUGAAGGCAUCUUUCGGCAAUCCUAAGGAGAAGUUCAAGGGGCACCGCGACUCGUUGGCGCCCGCGGCGCCGUCGGCGCCAAGCUGUGGCGGCAGUGCGGGCGCUGUUGAGAAGCUGAAGAUGGGCGCCGUCGCUGCCGAGUUGGUGGAGGAGGAAAUCAAGGCCACGUUGGAUUGUGCCCGCCUGGAGGCGGCGGAGCG